AUGUCACCCGACCCUAAGAUCAGGAGGAUCAGGAAACGUGUUUUUGAGCUCUUAGAGUUGACUUCUUUCAGUGCAACAAGAGAUCUUAUGGCAACUGACUAUGCCAAAACGAUUAUUACUGCAAGGAAGCUGGAGAUUGCUGAUGAUAAGCUUCAGGUGGAGGUCCGUUAUUUUGAUGCGGACCAGGCGGGACCGCAUGAAAAGUCUAAGGUCUAUGCUGUUACGAUUACAUUAGUACAGUUGCUUGAGCCAAAUAGCCUCAAGGAUUAUGUUAAUGGAUUGGAUCCGGAUUUUGAUUCAUCACCUGCGAUUCAGGCGCUAAACAUUAUUUUGGCCAAGCCUCCUUCGCAGAAUGCAGGUGUUAUUCCUUUGGGAAAGUCUAAGUUUUUUGUUUCGGAGCCAAACCCCCAAAAUCAGCAGCAUCUACCUCGCGGAUUGCUAGCUCUUCGCGGGUACUAUUCCUCGAUUCGCCCCUCAAUGGGCCGUGUCCUCUGCAAUGUUAAUGUUUGCAUGACAGCUUUCUACAAAGAAGGAAACCUUGCAGAAUUGAUGAGGGAAUUUGGAAAGCGCUCUGAACUUGGUGGUUUUCUGAGGGGUUUGCGCGUGAGCACAAAACAUAUCACGGACCCUAAUGGCAAACCGAAGCUUCAGUAUAAGACGAUUGCCAACCUUACUGGAAAAUCUGCGAGGGAAGCUACAUUUGUUUCUGAUGAUGGCUCAACUAUCACUGUUGCUGCUUAUUUCAAGAAAAAAUACAAUAUUGUUCUUGCGAAUCCUGAUUUUCCGUGUGUUAACGUCGGAACAAGAGAAAAGUCGAUCCUAUUGCCACCUGAGCUGGCUACGGUGCUGCCUGGACAGUCUUUUAAGGGAAAGCUUUUGGAUGAGCAAACACGUGAAAUGAUCACGUAUGCUUGUCGUCGCCCCAGGCAAAAUGCGGAAUCAAUUGUGGGAGAGGGUUUGUCUAUUCUUGGGCUCAAACCUUCAAGCCAACUACUGAAUCCUUUCAAUUUAUCCGUCUCAACUGAAAUGGUUACGGUUCCAGCGAGGAUUCUGGCUGCACCGCCUGUACAAUAUGCAGGCGGCCCAAAGACAACCAGCGAUGCGUCGUGGAACCUUAGGGAUGUUAGAUUUCUCAAGAGUGGUUCAGCUAAAACUUGGGCAGCAAUUAUUUUAAAGGACGGAUCAAGCAAUGUGCAGGAUCCUCUGGGUUUAUGCAAUGCCCUUCAAAGCAUGUGCCGAAAGUGCGGUGUUGUCCUUCCGCCUUUGACUAAUCGGGAUAUCUCAGUCGUUCAAAUGGCAAUGGGCCAGGAAUUGGCUACAAAACUAACACCUUGCUUUGAUGCGUUAAAGAAGCGAGGAGUUCAAAUUGCCCUCGUCAUUCUUCCGAGUCAAGAUAAGGCAAACUAUGCUCUUAUCAAGACACUGGGUGAUGUGAGAUUUGGUGUUGGAACUGUUUGUGCCCAAUCUAGCAAGAUUCAGAACCAAAAGGGUCAGAUGCAAUAUUUUGCCAAUCUUGCAUUGAAGUUUAAUUUGAAGCUUCAUGGUAGAAACCAUGGGCUUGGAAAGACGGAUAUGGGCUUUUUGACACAAAAGACAACCAUGAUUGUUGGGUGUGACGUUACCCAUCCUUCCCCGGGUAGUUUGAGGGGUACUCCGUCCAUCGCUGGUGUUGUUGCCAGUAUCGAUAUGGAGUAUGCUCAAUAUCCGGCUUCCUUGAGGCUUCAAGAGUCUAAAAAAGAGAUGAUCACUGAGCUACGGGAGAUGAUGGUCGAGCGCUUGUCCCUCUGGAGGGACAAGAAUAGCGGCAGGCUACCUGAAGCGAUUCUCGUAUAUCGCGAUGGUGUCAGCGAAGGUCAGUUUAAGACUGUUCUUGAUGCGGAGCUUCCGAAGAUUCGUGAAGCCUGUGUUGUUAUGAGGGCGGAUUAUAGGCCCAAGGUUACAAUUAUCAUCGUCGGUAAACGUCAUCACACUCGCUUCUAUCCGACCGAAAGCGAUAAAGCCGACAGACUUGGAAAUCCCGCGCCUGGCACAAUAGUUGAUAGAGGCGUUACGGCCGUUUAUGACUAUGACUUUUACCUACAAGCGCACGCGGGUCUUCAGGGUACCACUCGGCCAGCCCACUACUAUGUCAUUCACGACAAGAAUGGGUUUGAUGCAGACUCACUACAAACCUUGACCCACAAUCUCUGUUACCUUUUCGGCCGUGCUACCAAGUCUGUGAGCAUUUGCCCACCAGCUUACUAUGCCGACUUGGUCUGUGAGCGUGGUCGUUGUUAUAUCUACGGGCUUCUUAACGCUAGCGACUCUGGCAGCGUUAAAAGCACCAAUAGCGAGGAUGAAGCUAAGGCAAAUUAUGCGAAAGCGGUACAGAUGUGGUCUGGAGGUCCGCAUGCUGAUAUUAGACAGACAAUGUACUAUCUUUAAACCAUUAGUGGAGCUGCGAGGAUGUUUUCACAUUUUUUUCCCCAAUUGUUUUUCCAUCUGGUCUACUUGGUUGCUCGAUUUUUUUCUGAUUUUUUCCAUCUCCUUUUACGAUAAGCCAGAGACAAAGAUGCCUUGUAUUUUUUAUUUUUUUCUGUCUUUCAUUCUCGGAUUUGAUUUUUUUUUUUUCCCAUUGGGUGUUUCCCCCCUUUUCUUGCUAUCUGAUUCACUAUGAUACUAGCAUGCCUUCUUUCCCAUCUUUUUCUCAACUCCUUUCUUCAUUUGCCAAUAUACCUUGUUUGUAUUCUUAGGUUAGUUGCCGAAGAAAAGUCUCCACUCUCAAA